AUGGCCACCCCCAUUGUCCUAGCUUUUGACGCUGAGGGUAGAGCCAUUGACUUUGCAGUCUGGAUUGAAGACCUGCAGCAGUACUUACUGUGUGAUGCGAUAGAUGAGGUCUCUCUCUUUGACUUUGUCUCUGGAGCUAUCCCUGCCCCUCCUGCUGAUGCUGACCCCGCCGUUCGCUCCAAGUGGGCGACCCGCGAUGCUGCUGCACGUCUUGCUGUGCGUCGCCACCUCCCUUCCUCCGAGCGUGCCCACUUUAGUCAGUGCAAGACCGCUCAGGCCUUGUACGACGCUGUCGGGUGUUCUCCUUCCCCCCUGCUGCCCUCUGUCGCCUCUGCCGCUGCGGCCGACCUCGCUGGUUUUGAGUCGGUCGGUGCGGCGUCUGCCCCCAGCGGUAGACGCCGCAAUGGCAAGGGCAAAGGGGGCAAGGGAGCGGGUGGAGCUAGAGGGGGCGGUGGCGGGGGAGGUGGGGGUGGCGGGGGGAGUGGGGGUGGCGGUGGAGGUGGUGGCGGGAGUGGAGGUACUAGUGGAGGCGGUGGAGGCGGAGGUGGCGGCGGAGGAGGUAGCGGAGGAGGCGGGGGUGAGGGUGCCGGUGGGGGCGGUGGCGGUGGAGACGGGGGUGGCGGUGGAGGUGGGGGUGGCGGUGGCGGCGGGGGUCGGGGUGGCUCGUCUCAGCGGAGCAGCUCUGGGGGUGGUCAGCGCCAGCAGCUGCAGCAGCAGCAGCGCUCUCGCACCGUCCCCGCCCCUCAGCAGCUCCGUGAGUGGUACUUGCAGCGUCAGCGUGGUGGUGCGUUUGGUCCCUGCCCCUACGUUCUUCGCACCGGCGACCGUGCGGGGGAGAGGUGUGGAGGCACCCACACAGCCUGCCGCUGCUUUGGCCGCCUGACCGACGCCUGGCGUCAGCAGUUUCCGGAGGCCGCUGAGAUCCCCCGCUGGGGGGAGCUGUCUAGGGCUGGUGUAGCCAUUUAUGAUCUUGACUUUGAUGCUAUUCUUUCUGCUAUGUAUGCUGUGACUGGUAGUGAUGAGGAUGACUGUUACCGGUGUUUCCCGCCCGACCCGGGCAUUGGUACUGCUGCGUCAGGUACUCGUGAGGCUGCUGCUCUAGGUGCCAGUGCGUCUGUGCUCUCAGGUACUGGUGAGUCUGCCCUCUCAGGUACUGUGUCGGCUUCGGCCUCUCACACCUUCACCCUUGACUCUGGAGCGUCUCGCUCCUUCUUUCGGGACCGCACCACUCUCACGCCGCUGAGUCGGCCGGUUGCGGUGUCCCUGGCUGACCCCUCUGGGGGGCCUGUCCUGUCUCGCUUCUCCACGGUCCUUCCGUGUCCGGCGGCCCCCUCUGGCACCCUGUCUGGUCUCUACCUCCCCUCGUUCUCGACGAACCUGGUGAGUGGUGCUGACCUACAGGAUGUGGGUGUCCACCAGUUCACUCCUGCUCGUCAGCGGGUGACACACUGCACGGAGGCUAGCACAGGUCGCCACCUGGCUACGUGUUUGCUGCAGCGUCCAGGUCUGGCCCUGAGUCUGCCCCCUGUUCGUGUCGUCGUCUGUCUCACGAGACCCUCCUCUGGCACCACCGCCUUGGCCACCCCUCUCUGCUUCGGCUCAGAGCGUGCUGCCCCUCACUCCUCCCAGUUUCCUCCGACAGAGGCCCCGUUGCAGACGCUUCACAUGGACGUGUGGGGCCCAGCCCGCGUCCUUGGACAGGGUCAGGAGCGCUACUUCCUGCUCGUUGUUGACGACUACUCGCGUUACACCACAGUCUUCCCCUUGCGCAGCAAGGGUGAGGUCACUGAGGUGCUGAUCGACUGGAUCCGCGCAGCUCGUCUUCAGCUCAGGCAGAGCUUUGGCUCCGACUUUCCUGUGUUGCGUCUGCACUCGGACAGAGGCGGAGAGUUCUCCUCUGCCCUUCUACGUACCUACUGUCGUGCGCGAGGCAUCCGCCAGUCCUUCACGCUUCCGGACUCUCCGCAGCAAAAUGGGAUUGCUGAGCGCCGCAUUGGCAUGGUCAUGGACGUCGCCCGUACGUCCAUGAUGCAUGCGGCUGCCCCCCAUUUUCUGUGGCCGUUUGCGGUCAGGUAUGCAGCGCAUCAGAUCAACCUCCACCCCAGGGUCUCCAGGCCGGAUACCUCCCCAGCCCUGCUGUGGACGGGGAAGGUUGGCGAUGCGUCUGCGUUCCGGGUCUGGGGAUCUAGGGCGUUUGUCCGCGACCUGACUGCGGACAAGCUGUCCCCUCGCGCUUCUCCCUGCGUCUUCCUGGGGUUCCCCCCCGACGCCCUUGGGUGGCAGUUCUACCACCCCACCUCUCGACGUGUUCUGUCCUCCCAGGACGUCACGUUCGACGAGUCAGUACCCUACUACCGCCUCUUCCCCUACCGCACUCCUUCCCUCCCCCCGCCCCCGCUCUUCUUGGUACCAGGUCCCCCCCCGGUUGACCCCCUCCCCCCUCAGGGUCCUGCCCCUUCAGGUGUGUCCCAGGUAGACGCGGUCGAGCCUGUCGAGGUUACUGGUGACUCUGGUGCUGCUGCGGGUGCUGAGCUUGGGGGUGCUGAGCCUGGGGGUGCUGAGCCUGGGGGUGCGGAGUCUGGGGGUGCUGAGCCUGGGGGUGCUGAGCCUGGGGGUGCUGAGCCUGGGGGUGCGGAGUCUGGGGGUGGUGAGCCUAGGGGUACUGAGCCUGGGGGUGCUGAGCCUGGGGGUGCUGAGCUUGGGGGUGCUGUGCCUGGGGGUGCUGUGCCUGGAGGUGCUUCGUCUCGCCGUGAGCCACUCUCCCCACAGGAGCUGCGUGAGUGGUUUGCCAGGCGCUGGAGGCGUACUGCUGGUGCUGGAGGUUCUUCGCCUGCAGAGGGUGCCACUGCCGCGGGUCCCGGAGGUGCUCGUCUUGGGAGUACUGGAGCUGCUGGGUCUGAGGUUUCUCCUGGAGCUGGUGCAGCUGAGGGUGUUGGCACUGGGACUGCCGCUGGCGGUCCGCCUGGCAGUGCUCCUGGUGGUGCUGCUGGAGGUUCUGGAGCUACUGGAGGUGCUGCUCGAGGUGCUGCUGGAGCGGGUACUCCUGCUGGGGGUACUAGUUCUGUCCCUGCUGUUUCUGGCGUCGCCGCGCGGCCCCGACCGUACUUCGUUCCGCUCCUGCAGCAGGUUCUUGGUCUUACACCUUCUCCUGGUCCUCCUCCUCCUCCCUUAGAGGGUCCGCGGCCUGUCCAGUCACAGCCACCGCUACAGCCUGCCUCCCCUUUGCCUGCUCCUUCUCCCUACGCUGGUCCGACUGGAGGUCUUACUGAGCGUCGUGAGCCUGCGUCUCGUCCUGCGUCGCCUGUUCGUACUGCGCGCGCUAGUGGUCGCGGGUCGCGUCAGCGUCCUCCUCCUGUCCCUGGCACGCACCGGAUGUCACUGCGUCCGUCCACUGCUCCUCUGCGUGCCCCUUUGCCUUCUCCUCCUGCUUCCUCUCUUCCUGCACUUGCCGACCCGGAGUCGGACUCUCUUCGUGCUGCCGGUCCUACUGUCACGCGUCUCCUUGCUACUGCUGUCACUGACCCUUCCUUCGAGUCGUCUGCUGCGUCUGCCCUUGUCACUGAGCUUGUCGACUUUGCUGCGCGCUGUCGUCUAGACUACGCUGCCAGUCUUGUCGCUGAGUCUGAGUCUGCCUGUCCUCCGUCCGUCGGGGGUGAGUGUGCCCUUGGCACGGACGUCCUUGAGGACAGGCAGGAGGAGUUCCAGUGUCUGGCCGCCGCUUCACCUCAUCUCGCGUCUGUACUGCUAGCCCCUGAGGGAGACCCGGAUGCACCAGACAUCCCGACUCCGCGCUCUUACGCGGAGGCGAUAGAGGGUCCCUACUCCUCUCAGUGGCAGGCAGCUGUGGAUGCAGAGAUGGCUUCCUGGAAGUCCACAGGCACCUACGUUGGCGCUGUUCCCCCUCCUGGGGCGAACAUAGUCAGUGGCAUGUGGAUUUUCAGGGUGAAGCGGCCGCCGGGUUCUCCGCCUGUCUUCAAGGCGCGUUACGUGGCUCGUGGCUUCAGUCAGCGGCAAGGGGUUGACUACUUUCAGACCUUCUCCCCCACCCCGAAGAUGACCACUCUUCGGGUUGUACUGCACGUUGCUGCUCACCGUGACUACGAGCUCCACUCUCUCAACUUCAGCACCGCUUUCUUGCAGGGCAGCCUGCACGAGGAGAUCUGGCUGCGUCGCCCACCUGGCUUCACUGGGUCUUUCCCUCCUGGUACCCAGUGGAGCCUCCGGCGUCCAGUCUACGGUCUCCGCCAGGCGCCACGUGAGUGGCACGACACACUGAGGACUACGCUCGCGGCACUUGGGUUUGCUCCUUCUACUGCCGACCCGUCGCUGUUUCUGCGCACCGACACCUCGCUGCCGCCGUUCUACAUCCUCGUGUACGUCGACGACUUGGUCUUUGCCACAGCUGACACUGCUGGACUCGCCUAUGUGAAGUCCGAGCUGCAGAAGAGACACACGUGCACUGACCUGGGUGAACUGCGUAGCUACCUUGGCUUGCAGAUCACCCGGGACAGAGCACGCCGCACCAUUACCCUGACUCAGUCACACAUGGUGCAGCAGGUCCUUCAGCGCUUCGGCUUCACGUACUCCUCGCCUCAGGCCACUCCUCUGCCUACUCGCCACUCGCUCUCAGCUCUGCCUUCGGAUGAGUCCGUAGAGUCGAGUGGCCCGUUUGCGGAGCUUGUUUGCUGCCUCAUGUACCUGAUGACCUGCACACGACCUGACCUUGCAUACCCUCUUAGCAUUCUCGCACGCUAUGUUGCUCCUGGGAGACACCGACCAGAGCACAUGGCUGCAGCGAAGAGGGUGUUGCGCUACCUGUGCAGUACGUCGGGCAUGGGGCUAGUGCUUGGAGGGCGCAGUCCAGUGGUCCUCACUGGGCACGCAGACGCUUCUUGGGCUGACGACCAGGCUACGCAGCGGUCGUCACAGGGUUACACCUUCAGCCUUGGUUCCGGCUCUGUUUCGUGGCGGGCUACCCGCUCGUCUUCUGUUCUCGGCUCCAGUUGUGAGGCUGAGAUCUACGCUGGGGCUAUGGCUGCACAGGAGUUACGCUGGCUCACCUACCUGCUGACCGACCUUGGAGAGCAGCCUCGUUCUCCUCCAGUCCUGUACGUAGACAACAAGGCCAUGCUGGCCUUGUGUCGAGAGCAGCGACUGGAGCACAGAACGAAGCACAUUGUUCUCCGCUACUUUCUUGCUCGUGAGCUACAGCAGCGUGGACAGUUGCGACUUGCGUACGUGGCCUCUGAGGCCAACACUGCUGAUGUCUUCACCAAGGCACUUGCGCCUUGUGAUCAUCAGCGUUGUUGCACGCAGUUGGGUCUUAUGCCUGUCUUGCCUCACUUGCUCUCCUCUUGA